GUGUGUGCAGCCUGGGGGUAAGGCUGGCCUUACAUGGGGCUGUAUGUGUUGCUUAGGGACACGGCUUGCACACAGAGGUCUGUGUUUGCAACCUGGGAGCAGGGCUGGCCUUGCCUAGGGGUGCGAGCAAGGCGGGACAUGCGUGCCAAGGGUGCUGUGCUCUCCCAAGGACUGUGCUUGUGUCUCGUGUGGCCGGUGACUGGGCGAAGAUGGGAGGUCCCCACACCUGCUUUGCUACCAGCAGUCAGCAUGACACUGUCCCGUGGUUGCUUAACACAAUGAAAGGUUGAUGUGUCGACCUCCGGUGUGAUGGCAACAUUGGGAGCUGCUCCGUGACCCAUGUUAUUGUUAAAUAACAGGUUUUGGCUCAGUUUUAACCUCGCAUAGGGUAUAAUGGUAUUUUUUUUUUUUUUUUCCUUCCAGGCUAAUUCAGGAAGCUUUAACCAUAAAUGAGUCAGUGAGAUGGACUUGAAGUGGAAGGAGAGGCAAUAAAACUACUUUUAAAUGUAUAAAGCACCACUUUCUGCAGUAGUCCUUGGCUGACUGCAGAAACUUUUUUUGUUGCUUUUGUACUUCAACGUGUUUGUGGUUCGAUGCUUUUAGUAAAAGCUCGCCCUAGCUGCAUGGUACAAUUAACCUGCAGCAUCUGGCGCUGGAGUGGACUUUGCUGGGGAAAUCUUGUGUUUCCGCUGAACUGCUCGGUGUCUUUGUGUGCAUAUCAAAAAGCAGAGGGUUUGGAAACCUAAAAGCACGCUUUCAUUCUUCCACCAUCACACUGAAUACAGGCUGCAAAACCUCUGCUUCUUUGCAUUUGAAGUAUUCCAUGACAUUUGCAGCUCGAGAUGCGUCCUCGUGUCUGGGAGCGCUGUAGAAACAAGUGGUCGCCUGUUUUGCAAAGCCGGGGAUAACAUGUGCGUGGGGUGGUGGUCUGAAGUUUUGCUCUUUGUGCUUCAUCCUGCUAAAUCCUAAAUUUUUACUAGCUGUGUGGUGCGUGGACUGGGAAGGCUGGACUAAACUACGAGGGUUUUUCCCCUUUUUUUUCUUCAUCCAGUAGCAAUAGCAAUAAGGUUCAUAUUUUAUCCAGCUUUUACCCCUUUUUCCAGGCUGGUAUUUCCCUUUGCAAUGGGGCUGUGAAUAUGCAAUGCCCCAUCUUGCCUUGUUGGUACCUGUAUCGCCUUGGUCCAGGAGUUGAUGCAGAUAGUUCAGGUCUUUAAAUCACCUAUGACUCAGGCUAGCUGCUGUCUGGCCCCUCCAUGCCUUCCUGCUCUGCGACCUUCUCCAGCUGCAAUGUCCUUUUCCAUCUCAUCUCACCUCCAGGACUCCUCCAUCAUCUGGUGCAUGGAGUAAAGGCGUGCAGGAGACAGCCGUGCUGUAGGAUUUUAUUCCAACCCUGUUGUGCUUUUAUAAUGAAUCUUCUUGUGAUGCUUCCGAGUGGAGGAGGGAGGUGGCUUCUUCAUUUUUCUGCAUGUGAAAACCAGGCAGAUUUGGAGGUGUUGUGACCCAAAUUUUUGGAUUAACCCAUUUCUUUGCUGUGUGAGAUGCCAGAGACUCGAGUAUGAGACAAUACUGCUGAGACGGGCCUUGGGUCCAUUGAGCUAUUGCUGCCUAGUGCCGAACAAGUGGCUCCACAAGACAAGAGAAUAAAAUUGUGGAUUAAAAGAAAGUCUUGUGUGACCAAGGGAACAGGACUUAGGAAGCAAUUGGUUUGAAGUAUAAUCCCACAUCUGUUGCUAUCUAGAAAAUGUCUUAUGGAUCCAUUGAUGGGAGUGGAUUUGGGAGCAGGAAUCCAUUUGGAGGCCCUUCGAGACAAGGCUAUCAACCCCUCGCCACCCAGAUUGAUCCUAGUGAACUACAGGAACUUUUUCAGGAGACUUCAGCCAAUGUCUUCCGAAUUAACUCCAACGUGACCUCUCUGGAAAGAAGCCUUCGAUCUCUGGGGACCUCAAAUGAUACUCAAGAACUGCAGGAUGGACUGCAUGCAACCCAGCAGGAGACUAAUAAAACCAUCACGACUAGCACCAAAGCCAUCAAGCAGCUGUCUGAGGUUGUCAGAGGCUCAUCCAGGCAAGAACGACUUCAGCUGGACAGGCUGAAGAACCAGCUGUCUGAUGCCAUCCAGAGAUACGGAGCUGUACAGAAGAAAAUAGCAGAGAAAUCCAAAGCUUUGCUUCCUACUGGGCAGAGAAGUACCAAACAGCAGAGCCCGAGGGCCCCCUUCUCUGACCUACCUGAUGAUGAGAAGAUCUUUAACGGAGGAGAUGGCACGUGGCAGAACCAGAGCCAGGAUCAAGCUUUGCUCUCAGAAAUCACAGAAGAGGAUCUGGAGGCCAUCCGUCAGCGGGAAGAGGCCAUUCAGCAGAUUGAGAGUGACAUGUUGGAUGUGAACCAGAUCAUUAAAGACCUGGCCUCCAUGGUGCAUGAGCAAGGAGACACAAUAGAUAGUAUUGAAGCCAACAUUGAGACUGCAUCUUCUAAUGUAGAAUCAGCCAAUGAGCAGUUGGCAAAAGCCAGUCAGCACCAACUACGAGCCAGGAAGAUGAAGUGCUGCCUUCUCGCUGUCGCGCUGGCCGUUCUGCUGUUCAUUGUCGUUAUUAUCGCGGUCUCUGUCAAGCACUGAUCUGGCUAUGGUUUCCACAGAACCUGUGAUCAUCCUGUGAAGUGGAAUGGAUUCUCAAGGCAUUUCACAUUCAGGCCCUACAUCAAUGUCUGCUUUACUGAUCACGUUGUAUUAAAACUGCUAUAGUCAACAAACACUAACUGUAUGAAAGAAAAGCUAAGUUUUAUACUGUGUGUUAGUAUAAUUGUGAAUAAUUUUUCCUUUUUUUUUUCCCCUCCUUCAUUGCCUUAUGUUACAGAUUUUAAUUAUGUCCCCUCUGUAUCUGGGAAAUGCUAUUUCCUUACCUCCAGGUUUGGUAUACAGUGUGUUCUAAGAUACAUAGCUGUUAAUUCAUCUUUAUUGCUUGUGUUUUUAAUGUGCUCCUAAUCUCCAGUUCUGCUCAUUUAAAACCAUGAAAGUCAACAUGUUUUGUCUGAUUCUUUUUUUGUUGUUGUUUUUGUACAUUUUAAAAAUAAUCUAGCUCAGAUUCUCAUACUGUGCACUGCUGCUUUAGAAUUUGCUCUGCCAGAUCUGAGCUAAGCAAUUUCACAGUUAUAUGUGCCACUUACAAACACAUCAAUUAAAUGCUUAUUUGAUCCCAUUGUAUGCAUAGAACACCACUUUUUUUUUAAUGAGAAACACUAGUGAAAGACCAGGACAAAUAAACACUAAGACAUAUUGUUACCAGGGUUUUUUUAAAAGAAAAGGCUUUUAAUCUGUUAAAAAAAAUCAAGCAAGGUGUCUCAUGAAAGAUGUCAAAUUCUGCAUUAGAUUUCAUUUCAUAGGUUUCAAUGUAAGCAGCAUUUGGGAUUUUGUUCCAUUUUCACCCACAAUAUUUUCUGCUGAAAACAUGAUUGAAAAUGCCAUUUAAGUUCUUCUUUAAAUGUGUUGUGUACUAUAAAUGCAGUUUUCCUCCAGUAAAUAAAGCAUUUCAAAAAUGGU